AUGCACACGCCAUGUCCGAUCGACACUGAGAACACAUCGUCCUCAAGCUCCCGCAAAGGCAGCCCGUCGCCACAGAAGUUGGGCGGCAGCCGCUUCAAUGUGGACGAGUCGGAGAUACGCCUGCCAGAUGCGCUCGACACUGCCCCCAAGAAGAAGAGGAAGAAGAAGAAAAAGCCAAAGAAGCACAAGAAAAGGAGCAAACCCCCGGAACCUGGCUUCGAGCUGCUGAAGAACCCGGGCGACGCAAAGAGUACCGUGAUUGGCUUCAUGCAGCGCUUGAAGCACGCUACAGUUGGCGAGAACAGUCCCCACCAGCUGGGCAUUUGCUAUACCACCGUGGAGGUACAGGAGGGCCACUUGAAGCACUGCCACCAGUCAACGUUGACCGUCACAGCUGUAGACCGGGACGGAAAUCCUUAUAAAUGGAGCGGGCUUGAGUUCAAGGGCGAGGUGGUACAGAAGAAGGCGUGGGCAGAGACUGCGGCAGCCAGAGCAUUUCUUGAAGAUUUUGAAGUUCAAUGCACGGCUGCAGACAUGGAUCCGGCUUAUCCGAGGCAGCUUUCAGCGAGCCAGAAGCGAAGGCUGCCGUUGUGGAGAGAAAUCCGGCGUGCCAAGAGAGCGGCGGAGAGACAAAAAAGUCUGUGUUUUUGCAGGCAAAUAAUAUGA